AUCUCCUCUCCUCUCCAAGCAAAGUAUCAUUCCAUCCUCCACUAUUCCAUUUUCUUUCUUCUUAAAUAAAUUUCCAAUUCAAAUGCAAUUCCCUAUCCCACUCUCUAGCCAUGACUUUACUGUUCAUGCUCACUGUUUGUUUGAGUUUUCUAGCAUUAUUAGCUACACCAAGUUUUGCCACCAAUCAAGCUAACUCAUGUCGAUCAUAUUGUGGAAAUAUUACCAUAGAUUACCCAUUUUCUCUUGAUUACGGUUGUGGUCAUCCUGGUUUUAGGGACCUAUUGUUCUGCAUGAAUGAUGUGUUAAUGUUCCAUAUCAGUUCAGGGUCAUACAGGGUCCUAGAUAUAGACUAUGCAUAUCAAGCACUCACAUUACACGACCCCCACAUGUCAACAUGUCACACCAUCAUUCUAGGCGGUAGAGGCAACGGCUUCACCGUUGAGCAAUGGCGAGCGCCAUAUUUCAAUCCAACACCUGAUAACGUGUUCAUGCUCAUAGGUUGUUCAGCUGAAUCACCAUUGUUCCAGGGUUUCCCUGGGAAGCAUCUGCCAUGUAGGAAUGUAUCAGGGAUGGGAUGUGAGGAAUACUAUGAUUGUCCGGCAUGGAGCCUGAUUGGUCACAAGAAGGUAGGAUCAGUUUAUGGGUCAGGGCCCCCAGAGUGUUGUGCGGUGGCAUUUGAGGCAAUCAAGGCUAUAAAUCUGAGCAAGCUGCAGUGUGAAGGGUAUAGUAGUGCAUAUAGUCUAGCACCGCUGAGAGUUGAUGGGGCUGGUGGGUGGUCUUAUGGGAUUAGAGUGAAAUAUUCAGUUCAAGGAAACGAUGAGUUUUGUAGAGCUUGUGAGGCCACUGGUGGAGCAUGUGGAUUUGGAACCGACGGGGUUAAACAGUUGUGCAUGUGUGGCAGCUUCAAUUCUACCACCAAUUGUGAUUCAGAAAGCUCAACAUCCAGUAAAAUGACACUAUCAUUGGCAGUCGCAUUAGCAGGAAGUUUUAUAUAUAUGACAACCUGGAUAAUGGGCAGCCAGUCUUGAGACAAGGGACAUUCAACAUUUUGCUUAUCAACUCCAUGUAAAUGCUACUUUUGUCUUGGCUUAUACCACUACAUUGUUUGCAUAGCUUCUUAAUUUCUGUUAUAUACACUUUUUUGAUCUCUUGUUGAGGGAGAGAAUAUAUAUAUAUAUAUAUAUAUAUUAUGUUCCCAUUUAUACCAAUCAUUUUGAGUUGGUCUAGCAAAAUUAAAAUAUUUUAAUUUGCACAUUGCAGAA